ACAGGAUUUGUUAGGCGGUGCUGUCGGCCCUUCCUCCUCCUGCGCGCCCCGCCGGACGGUGACAGAGCGGCGGAGCCAGCCGCCAGCGCCGCCGCCAGGGUCCCUCCACCGCCGCCGGGGCCCAGGGGAGCAGUUGGCGCUGCCGCUGGCCAUGGUGGGCCGCCUGCCGCCGGGGGGGCAGGAGCAGGAGCAGGCGCGGCGGCGGCGGCCGCCAUUGCGCGCGGGGGCCGCGGGACUAUGAAGGAUGGAAGCGGACGAGGUUACGAUCCGCGAGCAGAACUUCCACAGCCAAGUGCGGGAGUACACGAUCUGCUUUCUCCUAUUUGCUGUUCUCUACAUAGUUUCCUACUUCAUAAUCACAAGAUACAAAAGGAAAGCAGAUGAGCAAGAGGAUGAAGACGCCAUUGUUAACAGAAUAUCGCUGUUCUUGAGCACCUUCACUCUAGCAGUUUCAGCUGGUGCAGUCCUGCUUCUACCUUUCUCAAUAAUCAGCAAUGAGAUCCUGCUUUCUUUUCCACAAAACUACUAUAUUCAGUGGCUAAAUGGCUCACUGAUUCAUGGUUUAUGGAAUCUUGCUUCUCUUUUUUCAAAUUUAUGUUUGUUUGUCUUGAUGCCUUUUGCCUUUUUCUUCCUGGAAUCAGAAGGUUUUGCUGGCUUAAAAAAGGGCAUCAGAGCACGCAUUUUGGAAACUCUUGUCAUGCUUAUUCUUCUUGGGCUGCUUAUCCUUGGAAUUGUAUGGGUGGCUUCAGCUCUUAUAGACAAUGAUGCUGCCAGUAUGGAGUCUUUGUAUGACCUCUGGGAAUUCUACCUCCCAUACUUGUAUUCCUGCAUAUCACUGAUGGGAUGCUUGUUACUUCUGUUGUGCACACCAGUGGGGCUUUCCCGGAUGUUUACAGUAAUGGGUCAAUUGCUGGUGAAGCCAACAAUCCUUGAAGACUUAGAUGAGCAGAUGUAUAUCAUUACAUUAGAGGAAGAAGCCAUCCAGAGGAAGCUUAAUGGUGCAUCUUCUGCAGUGGAGUACCAGACAGCUGAGUUGGAACGGGAGCUUGAAAAAGUGAAAAGCAGGAAAACGAAUCUGGAGAGGCGGAAGAAGGCUUCUGCUUGGGAAAGGAAUUUGGUCUAUCCAGCUGUUAUGAUCUUGCUACUGAUUGAGACAUCCAUCUCAGUCCUCUUAGUUGCUCUCAACAUUCUUUACCUGUUGGUUGAUGAGACUGCAAUGCCAAAGGGAUCAGGGGGGCCAGGAAUAGGAAAUGCAUCCCUGUCCACUUUUGGUUUUGUGGGAGCAGCCCUUGAAAUCAUUUUGAUUUUCUAUCUUAUGGUGUCCUCUGUCGUCGGCUUCUACAGUCUUCGUUUCUUUGAAAAUUUCACUCCCAGGAAGGAUGACACAACUAUGACAAAGAUCAUUGGAAACUGUGUCUCAAUCUUGGUGCUGAGCUCUGCUUUACCAGUGAUGUCAAGGACGCUAGGAAUCACCAGAUUUGAUCUGCUUGGAGACUUUGGAAGGUUUAACUGGCUGGGCAACUUCUACAUUGUGUUAUCUUACAACCUGCUCUUUGCUAUCGUGACAACGUUGUGUCUGGUCAGAAAGUUCACUUCUGCUGUGCGAGAGGAGCUCUUGAAGGCAAUAGGAUUAGAUAAACUUCAUCUGUCAAACAAUCCAAGAGACUCAGAGACAAAGCCAUCUGCAAAUGGGCAUCAGAAAACACUGUGAUUAACCAUCACCUGCAGCCAACAGAGCUGGAAACAUCAACCUCAUGGCAUUCCUGUCAUCUCAGCAGCAUUUUCAUACUAAUUUUAUUUGUUUAUAAUUUGGGUCCAACCUUGUCUCACUUUUUCAUGCUGUGUGCUUCUGAGGAAGUUAGGUACAUCAGAUUCUGUUCUACCCAGUGAUGUUUUGUUCUGCUGUACAUCGGAUUCUGUUCUAUCCAGUGAACUUUUGUUCUACUCGUUCAUUUCCCAGUAGGUCAAUGCAGGAGGUGCCUUGGAAGACUGGAAGCUGAAGAGAAUAAUCCAUUCUUUUUUAUUUCUUGACAAUCUCACAUCUUUAGACAGAAAUCUGUUACCAUUUGAAUGCACAGUACCUCCUGUGUUACAGACACAGCUAUAAAGAGUAACUUUGGGACUUGGUUAAAAAAAGUGUAACAAGGAAAAAAGAAACCAACAAAGGUACACUUGAAGCUUAAUAUGACCCUUGCUGUAAACUACCUGAAGUAGGCAGCCUUGACAGUAGAUAAAGACUUCCACUAAGAUGUUAAAAAUGACAGCAACUAGUAGACAUCACAGUCCCUCUGAUGCCAGCUACAGUGGGCUGCUCAGAGUCUAGUGUCACAGAGCUCUCUCUCAGGCCAAAGGCCAGCAUCUUCAGCUUUCUCUUCUUAGCUAUAAAUGCUGGUAGUCAGACAAUGUCUUACUGAAUAGAGUGAAGUAGAAGAUGAAGAUUAACUUCAGUGUUAAAUCUGAGCCUAGUAUGCUUUGUAAAAAGCUGUGUAGACCUCCUGUCACAGCUCUUACAGUGCUGUAAGCUAUUGUGCCGCGGAGGUCACUUACCCUACCAAGUACAUCCCUGUAAAAUUAUUGAUGAACUACUGUGUAUAAGCAGUACUUGUAAUCAAUGCAAGUAGCACAGGCCUAGGAGCCUGCAAUUGCAGUUUUUUACAACCUUCUUUAAUUUGAAGUAAAUUAUUUCUCUGAAUUUAUAUAGGAUAGUUACCAGGAUUUCUGUUCGGUGGCAUAAUCCAGUAUCUUUCACUAGCCUGUUUUUAAUGUACACACGACCAUGUAUAUAGGCCUUUAUGUGUAGAUAUCAAACUCUAAGCUUAUGGAUAUGACAUAGAUGGCUUGGUAAGUAAAAACUGCAUUCAGUCAUGGCAGCGUGAACUUCUGCGGCGUUACAGUUGGCCUGCUCAGAGGCCUUAGAUUCAGGAUGGCAUUGGUGGGUGGUAACAUCCUUUUUUUUAGCAGCCUUAGGAAUCCUUUAAGCAGUGUAUAGUACAGAAAACCUCCACCAACCAAACCCCAAGUCAUCAAAAUCUGGUUGCACUUUUGUCCUGCUCUGCCACAAGUAAUCUUCAAAGAGGUAGGAAAGGGAGCACCUUCCGUGUGUGCCCAUUGCGUAGUGAGGCAGACGACACUGCUGUUUGUUCCCAUUGCUGUAAAACAAGUCUGUCUCUCUGCAGUUUGAGGUCUGAUCUGUGUUGUAGUGGUGACAACUGGUUCUCUAAUGUGGUUCUGAAAUAAGAUGAACUUUGUGCUAGAAGCUCUUUGGCUGUUCUCCCAAGAUGACUGCUCUUGGCUGUAGACCUUAUUGCUGUGUGUGUGAAUAUGAGCUGCUUGUCUCUCUAGAGUGUUUCACAUAUUAAGCUCCAGUAUACAUGAGGACUUCUCAUGGUUUUUUUUUCCUUGCAGCUGCCUUUUCUCACUUGAACUGGGGUAUAAUGUAAAUAUUGCUGUAGAGUUAUUUUUUAUGUGUGUGAUCAGUAUAAAUUCAAGGCUUAUUAAAGUGACUAUUGAUGUGUUGUACUGAGUCUUGGAAGACAAAGUAAAAUUGCUUGAUUUGACUAAGAUUUACAAGCAUCUUUUCUAUUGUUUGAGUUUAAUGCUGACAUUUUAGGGAGAAAUCCUUUCCUGAUUCUAAAGUUCUGCAUCCAAAACCAGAGAGGUCUAGUGAAAAGUUGUUUUGAAAUGUGUUUACAUUUUAAAUACCAAGAGAUUUAUUAUUAGUGACACUUUUCAGGUAUUCUCCAAGCUUGUAGCCUUAUGUAUUAGUUUUAUAGUUUAAAAACAGCUGAAAUGGGUCCACUUGUCCAUGCAAGUGAUUGACCAAAAUUGUCCUCAUGUCUUAGUGGGGCAGGUCAGCUGUGGUGUGUGAAGCUAGUUAGUUUUGUUGAAAUAUUUCUGUUACAACUUUAAGACAGUUAUUUAAAGACACUCUAUGAAACUGAAGUAACCAAUGUAAGGAAUAAACCUAGGGAGAGUGAACAUUGCUCUUCAUGCUUUUGGAGAGAUGUUUGACCUGGCAUCAGUGACCCAAGAACAUAGAGGACCAAUGGAUUAUAGUGUGUGUAUGGUUUCUGAAAGUGAGAUGGGCAGUUGCUUAAAUUGAGCAGAGGCAGUUCCUGCUGGUAAGCACAGAAGUGACAGGGAAGAGUUUAAAAUGCUCUUUCCAAAUGAACGUUACAGCCUUGCCUGUUCCCACCCCAUCUGCUGGAUUCUGCAGUCGGAGGUGUCUGAGUUAAGGCUGUGUUAGUGAAGAUGUUACACUGAAGUACAAAAGGUGGCUAAGAUGCUGCCUGGUUUCCAAGGUGGAAACUCAGAACUAUGCUGUGCAACUCCUGACAGUGUUUUGUUGUAGAAUCAGCUGUUUAUAUUGUGACACUGUCCACAUUAAACUAGACCUUUGGCCUUGAAAAAUCACAUGCUUAUGCAAAACUUCUUCUCAGAUACAGUGCUACAAAUAUACUGUGUGUAAGAUAGAGAUCACUAUGUAGUUUUCACAGAAGAAUAUGGUCACUUAAAUAGAAGCUGCUGGUAAUUCAUUAAUGGAUGUUGAUGAUACAUUCCUAGUAUUUUGACUCAUGUAGAGUCAGGUGGUCUGUACCUUCAAGGUAUAUACAGCUGAUCUUAGUAACAUUAACAUCUGCCUCGCUUCUUAGGAGGCAAAAAAGCACAUAAACGCAUCCAUCUUCAAUUAGAUACCACACAAGACCAAAAAAUAGAUGUAAAAUAAGUGUUUUAAGUUAGCCAUUUCUUGGCUUUAUUCUGCAUCAGUAGCACAAUGUUAGGUGCAGUGGCAGAACUGUAGUGUGGGAUUUCUAAGCAUAAAGCACAUGUACUUAGCUUAAAGUGAUAAAAAAGAAUAGUGUUAGCUCCUGUACAAGUAGCAGGGUUUUUGCAUUUGUAGGAGGCUUUAUUUUCUGUUUGUAAUGUGAUGUUUAUCUCUGGUCCUGUUCCUCCAGUACCUCUUACCCUAUUGUCUGUUUUAGUGUCAUAGAAAUUAAAGGAUUUGACAAGUUGU